UAAGCCCAACAGGUCCUACAAACAAUACUCAUCCGUCAGUUCCGUAAAGAAAGAUAUUACCCAAAAAAAAUCCACUUUUCUGGAGAAACCACAGCCACAAGCAAAAUGUGUGGUCUCUGCACUAAGAUUUCAUUUUGAUAAUUCCACUUCUUCCCCAAUCCACAACCAUUCUCUCUGAGCUGAACAGAGAAGUUGUUCUCCAAUGGCUUCCUACUCCCGCUCCCUCACCACACCCCCUUCCUCUCUCUACACAACCACCCGCCCAAUCCUCAACCCCGUCACCAUUAAUCUCAAACUCAACACGGUGGUGUUCGCGCGGAUGAACGGCGACGAGAACGACAGCUGUAUGCGGUUCCUGAAGGACAUGGAGGUGGUGGAGGUGCCCACGUUUCUGUUCAUCAGAGACGGCGAGAUCAAGGGCAGGUACGUCGGCUCCGGCAAGGGGGAGCUCAUCGGCGAGAUUCUUAGAUACCAAGGGGUUCGCGUUACUUAUUAAAAAUCAAUUGAUUGCCCCCGGAACUGGAAGAGCUGUAUUUUUAGUUCGAAAUUCGAAUACAUGAUUUUGAUUUUGGGAGUACCUUGUUCAGACUUUCUUAUGUGAUCACUUGUUAUACAUUUGCGGUUUCGACGUAAUUAUGAUCCCUUUAAUUGCUGCCGCUGAAACUUUUAAUUUAUCCUAAUUCAA